CCCGCCCCGCUUGUAGUAAGUUCUCCAUAGAUUUUCUCGAGUGGCUUGGAGUAGUUUUAGACGAAAAUGGAAGGCUUUCGCGCAUUCUUGGCGGCUGAACGUACUCGAGCGUCCGGCCCUGGCAACGCGCUCGCGAGUUGGGGGCCUUGCGACUUUGAGGGUUUCUUGGCGAGCUUCUCUCUGCUGCCGCCUAGUUUCGUGCCAGUUGAUUUCCUCUCUUUGGGAAAGGAGUAUCUUCCCGUCGCAGUCCCAGAUGAUGUGUGUGCCGACGUCCGUGCUGCGGUGCGCAGAUUCGCUGCAACCGAGAGCAGCAACAAGAACGACGCCUCAUCUUUUCGCGCCGUCUCUCCUAGUGUUACUAAGCGGAGUGGUGCUGCUGUGACGGUCGCCCCGAGCGCCAAGAAGUGCAGAACUAAGCAAGUAGCCACCUUUGAGGAAGUAGUUAACAGCGUGUCUGACGAGGUCGCCCUCACGGCUUUCAGAGGGAAGUUUGUUUCCUCGAAGACCGCAAGUACUUACGCUCCCGGCAUUGCCUUGUACACCUCGUCCUUCUGCUUGCCGAAGAAGAUCGCCCCGUUUCCUGUAUCCACCGAAAAGCUGGAGAAGUUUUGCGCCUUUCUCGAUUACUCGAACGUCUACUGCAAUCCCGGCGUGUAUGUCCAUGCGAUUCUGAGGGAGUCGCGGCGCGUUUCCGGCGUCGAAUUCGCAGACGGCGUCCCCUCCCUAAAGGAAAUGCUCAACGCAUUAGAGAGAGGCCUUCCAGACGCUGAACAGUGUGAGCCCAUGCGGUUCGCGCUUUUGUCCAAGCUCGCGGAAGCCUCGGAGACGGAUGUCGACUUUGAUAUCGUGCUUGCACUGCUCUGCAGCCUGUUCCUUCUAACCCGGGUGGAUUCUUUCCUCUCGAUCCGGUACCAGGACGUCCUUUGCGAUGAGGACUCGGCUUCUGUGGAGGUGUCGAACCUUAAAGGCUCAAAGCGCCAGAAGUCUCUGACUAUUUUCUUCGAGCGAGUGGCCCCGGAGGACUUCCAGAUCCCUGCUCUCCGGUCCAACAAAGGCAUCGUUAGGGCUUGCCCCGUCGCUGCUUUCACCCUCCUGAAAGCCCGGGCGGCUGAGAGAGGUUGCGCUGUCGAUGCCGCUGUCUGUGCGCUUACGUACAGCAAGUUCAUGCGGGGCCUGGAUGUCUUGCUUGCGAAAGCCGGGGUCGAGAACGCUGCCGAAGGGAAGAAGCGCAAGCUUUAUAGCUCGCACUCGACCCGCGUGGGCGGAGUGUGCGUGCUCCUGCGCGCCGGUCUCUGUGACACUAUUAUCUCUACUUUGGCAAACUGGUCCUCAGACAUGGUUAAGAGAUACUCUUCCCGAGUUGUCCUGCAGCCCACUAUUGUCGAAGCUUUCCCCUUCUACAACCCCCGCGCUCUGGCGCAACAAUAUAAAUAAAGGCGCUGCCAUUUCAGUGCUUCUAAAUUCCUUCCCUGGUGUUUUUAUCUGUUCAUUCUUUCUUCUUUCUGGAUGUGAAGACCCAUGGCUAUGCGUGCGACGGUGCCGCCCGGUGCCGAACUACAAGGGCCACGAUUAGUUGAUGACUAUUCGGUCGCGACGCGUGUCGCGUGUUGUUGUCUGCUCCUUGUGUUCAUCACUGUGCGUCACAUUCGCGCACUUGUCCCAAUGUUAUCAUGUCAUGUAAGGUCUUCGAUCGUAGUGAGUGGAUUUUAAUAUAUUUAUAUUAGAGGAAGAUCCAAGAAUUUUCGAAAAAGACUGAAUCCACGCAUAAAGUCGAACCCGAAAUCUACGCUACACACUGGCUGCAAAUAUAUUGCGCGACGCGUUUGCCGUUUCUGUUGCGUUUGAAGAUCACGCUACUACCCUCGGCAUUCCACGGAGGCGUCCGAGUGAGAGUUUCGAGACAAGGGCGGGGCAAGAGGACGAAGCCAUUCUUGUUUAUUUUGUUUGGCUGCAAGGAGCACGAGGGGCGCGACAUCUAUACACCCGAGUGUUGAAGUUUUGACGAAGUCGCACGCUUUGAGCUCGGUAUCGGAGCUGGCCCCUCGUCUGAAAAUAGUUCUCUAUAAUAAGCUAAAACGGUGAGCUGUGAAUCGCAGUGAGCCCCCCGUUGGAGGACCUGGCGCACCUGCGUUGGGCUGCUCAGCUGGCUGUCUUCGACGGGUUGCCAGCUGUCUAGUGCACAGAACCAGAGAUAACAGCAGGGAUGUAUUCUUGGUCGGCAAGGGAGUAUCCCGAGUGUGGGCCGUGGCCAAAUACAUUCCACCACAGCUGUGGCUCGACCAGUGUAGAACCGUCUGCGGAGCAAGAUGUGACGAGAAAAGAAGCAAGUGCCACACUGUCGCGCUGCGGUGACUUUAUGGGUGACAUGCAAGCGGUAGCGGACUCCGCGGUGACAUCGAAGAAGCCAGAGCACCUGUAGCGGCCCUCCACCGUGGUGGAGCGACGAGAAAUUUUGGAUCACGCCAUAAGAACAACGACAGCCCGGCCCUCAGGUGUGAAGCCCGCGACUCCUCCAAGUGGUUCGCCACCGACUUCGAGUUCGGCGACGUGGCUGCAAAGGGCAGAAAUUCGCUUUACAGAACAAGAUGCUAAGGGUCCGCCCGAACGUCAUAGCCCUUCCAAAGCUCGUCGCAGUUUCCAUUCCCGCAGUGUUCCUCCCGCUUUCUGAACUCUUUCAAGCUAGAUCAGGCAGGCACUAUCUAACCAAGCCAACAGGCUAAGGACCAUGACACAGAAGCGGACUGUAACUGCACAACCAGCGGCGAAGCGUAUGGCCGCAAAAAGGCAAGACUGGCCAGAACAGGCUGGCCACAAAUUCACUGCUCUUGCUGCACACGCAGCCAGGGCAGCUGGGUGAAGAGUGGUGACCAGCGUUAGAAGCUCAGAAGACCCAAGAAUCGUUGGGAACUUUGCCUGCGUGGGCU